AUGUUUUUUUCAGGUCUCAUUUCUGUUUGCACGGCAAGUACAAGACCAAUAGGAAAAUCCGAACGUUCCGAUACACCAAGUUCGAUAUUAUCAUCCGACAGCGAUAUAAGAUUUACAAGAAAAUUAGGGGGUCAAUAUAGGUGCGGUUGUUGCAUAAUAGCAGGAUUUUUAUUAUUUCUACUAGUAGCCGCACUAUCAUUUUAUUUAGCAUACGAUUAUGAAAUAAACGAUGAGCAUUAA